GUCAUGGAGGCUGGUUCCUCUUCAGCUGGCUUAAAUACGAGGCCAUCAGACGAACCCAGCAAAGUUUAACUGAACUGAACCAGAAUCAGGAUGUCUGCAGCUCGUUUCAGUCUGUCGCUGGUUGUGCUGCUGCUGGUCGCCGUCGUUCUGACUGAAGGUCUGCGCGGCGCCGGUCCAAAGAAAUGCUGCUUCCGCUUCAACGAGAAGCCGAUUCCCAAAGACAGGGUGGUGGGCUACGAUAAGACGAGCCAGCGCUGCUCCCAGUCAGCCGUCCUGCUGAACACCGUCGCUAACCGCCAGCUGUGCGUCCGACCUGCAGCUGAUUGGGUGAAGGAGCUCAUCAGAUACCUGGACGCCAAAUCCAUCCCAGGAAACGCCUCCAACCUGUAACCAUGGCGACAACAGACCAGGUUACAGCUCCACCGGGUGUUCUGAUGCUACAACCGUCCAGACUGUAACCAAACUGCAGCUCUGCAUCUAAAAUAUUCACGUUUAUUUUUACAUAAAUCAGCUGGAAGGAGUUUAUCUGCCGGAAAAGAACAUUUAUUUUAGAGAGUUUCAGGAUUCUUCAAGAACAUUUAGUUUAGAAUGUUUCAGGAUUCUUAAAGCAGAUUCCUGUGUUUCUGAGUACCAGGAGGUUUUAUUAAUACAACACUUUGACCACCGACACUGUGAAGGAGUUUAAAUGGAACUGACUGCUACAGAAUAAGCUAACAGGCUAAAGUGUUUCUGCUCUGGGGCCUCUUUGUCUGAAGCUAAAUAAUUGUGUGUUUUUAUUUUCAGUCAGGUUUUAAAGUCAUUGUUUCGGAGAAGAAACCCAAUCAGAGAAAAUAAUUUAUUUCUGUUUGCUUUUGCUGCUAAUUUGAUCAUUUCAAAUAAAAGCGAGACGUCAGCUUC